AUGCUUUUUAGAUGGAUUGGUAGUGUGAUGCUGGCCCACACCAAUUUGACUAAGAUCAAGUCUGCGCUGGACUUGAUGUGGAGAGCCGGCGUUCAGCCAUCAGAUGUUGUUCUAGGAAUUGGCUUCUAUGGAAGAUCCUAUACUAUGUUAGAUACCUCUUGCUUCGAGCCUGGUUGCUCGUUUGCUAGUUCUGGAACUGCCGGGUCGUGUACGGACAGCGCAGGUGUUUUAUCAUAUAAAGAGAUAAUGGACUCAAUGGAGGAAGAGGAUGUAGUCAUUAUUUGGGAUGAAACCGAUGCUGUGAACUAUAUGACCUGGGAUCAAGAUACCUAUGAUUGGCAGGCAUUAAGUGGGUUACUAGGGAAAACUGUGAGUAGUAGCGGGCUGCUCACAGGAGGGUCUAUGGAUACCCUGGAUGCAGAGACACUUUCGCAAGACUACUCAGCUUAUACAGGUACGGACUGUUACAUCAGUGACUAUGUUGAUUGGAACACUAGUCAGUGCAAGACUGGGUACAGUGUUUUGGAUUAUGUCCACCAGGGAUCGUAUGGGAUGAUUGAGGACCCAGAUAAAGAAAGCUGUAAAACAGGAAACGAGACCGAUACCAAUUCCUAG